AUGGCUGCCCAACCCAAACCUCAGAACGGACCCAUAUCAAACAUUGUCAUCAUCGUUGCUAUGGAAACGGAGGCACUUCCGGUGGUGAAUAGAUUUCAGCUCACUCGUGACCCUCCCUCUCCGUUUCCAGAAGGAGUUCCUUGGGUCCGUUAUCGUGGGACAUUCAAAGAUCUCAGUAUAAACUUGAUUUGGCCUGGAAAAGAUCCAGCUUUGGGGGUUGAUAGUAUAGGCACAAUACCAUCUGCUCUUGUAACAUAUGCUGCUAUUCAAGCAUUACAACCCGACUUGAUCAUCAAUGCAGGCACUACUGGUGGCUUCAAGGCCAAAGGAGCUAGUAUUGGGGAUAUUUUCAUUAUAUCAGAUUGUGCUUUUCAUGACAGAAGAAUACCUAUACCUGGUUUUGAUCUGUAUGGAGUUGGUUUACGUAAAGCAUUUGAUACACCUAACCUUAUAAAGGAGCUUAAUCUAAAGGUGGGUAAAUUGUCUACUGGUGACUCUUUAGACAUGACACAGCAGGAUGAAUCAUUAAUCAUGGCAAAUGAUGCCACAGUUAUAGAUAUGGAGGGAGCAGCUAUUGCUUAUGUUGCUGACCUUCUGAAAGUUCCUGCAAUUUUUGUAAAAGCUGUGACUAAUAUCGUUGAUGGCGACAAACCAAUUGUAGAAGAAUUCCUGCAGAAUUUGGCAGCUGUAGCUGAUGCACUUGAUCCUGCUGUUGAACAAGUUAUUAAUUUUAUUAAUGGAAAGUAUGUAUCUGAACUUUGA